UGAAUUGGACUGGAUGCUUGUACGCAGCGUGACACUAUUUUUAACCACCGGCCUCUUCCAGAAGCAGAGAGACAUCUCUUACAGUGUAUGUGUGGCAACAACAUGUCUGUGCCGCUGCUCGCCGAGGCCGUGACGGUGUCCGGGACGGAGAAGGAGACCGCGGCGGUGAUCUUCCUUCAUGGGUUGGGAGACUCAGGGCAUGGGUGGGCUGACACUUUGACGGCGAUCCGGCUGCCUUACGUCAAGUUUAUCUGUCCCCACGCGCCCAAAAUCCCGGUCACUCUCAACAUGAAGAUGACGAUGCCUGCAUGGUUUGAUCUCAUGGGUCUCAGCCCUGACAUCCCAGAGGAUGAAUCUGGAAUCAAGAAGGCAGCAGAAAACAUCAAGGCCUUAAUCGAACAUGAGGCCAAAAAUGGGAUCCCCCCAAACCGUAUAAUGCUCGGUGGCUUCUCUCAGGGUGGAGCCUUGUCCUUGUAUACCGCCUUGACCUGCCAGCAUCAGUUGGCUGGUGUUGUCGCCCUCAGUUGCUGGCUACCACUUCACAAGAGUUUCCCAUUGGCAUCGAGCGGCAACAAGAACCUCCCGAUCUUGCAGUGCCACGGUGAGAUGGACCCAAUGAUCCCCGUGCCGUUCAGUGUCAUGACGUCAGAAAAACUCAAAGUCAUAGUUAACCCUGACAACGUCACCUUGAAAACCUACCCAGGGCUCCUUCACAGCUCCUGUCCUCAGGAGAUGGCGGCUGUAAAGGAAUUUAUCGGGAAGCAUUUGCCCCGAAUCUGACCUCACCCCAUCCCCACUGUGACCCCCUGAGACACUGACCUCUCACCCCUGAUCUGCCAUUCUCCCACAGGAAACAGCCAUGAACACCCCCUCUUCCACACACACACACACAAAAUAACACGCAUGAACACACACACACACACACACACACACACACACACACACACACACAUCUUAUAACACUGAUUUGAUCCACAUUGCUAAACAAAACAUGUGCUUCUCAUGCAGUCCAAUCCAACACACUGAUUUGAUAACAACAUAACCAAGUGGUCGCACUCACAAGUCUUAGCCUUCGGAGGGAGAAACACUGAUUCACACAAAACAUUCCCUUUGGUUUUGUUUAAACAACCUGUCUGUCGCCUCCACCUGAACCUGUCUUUCUCCACUUUUACCUCAUUUUGCUUCAUCUUAACCUUUUUCAGCUGUCGCAUCCUCCAUCGCUUCCUCUGCCACGCCUUUCCCUCUUGCAUCACUGUGUCACUUUGAGACAUUUAGUGGAGAAAACAAAUUAAGACAAAAUCGGAUAAGUGGGUUAACACCUAGCUGAAGGAAGGCGCAGUCAGACCAGAUUUUGCUUCCCAUUCAUUUCUAUAUGGAAAAGAUGGGAGUGACCUCUCAUUCAGGAAAUACUGUUUCCUUAUAGGCCUGCUUUAUAAUUGCACAGCAUAGAGGAGGUGCUGCAGUGAGUGAAAGGACAGUGACAGAGGUUAAUGACAGUAAAAUGCUGGAUAAUUCACAGCUUUGUCCACUGCUGUUGUUGGGCCACUAACCAUGCUAGAGCUCCCACAGUUUAUGUUUUCAACCGUACCCCAUGCUAUUUCCUAUCCCCCUCCUCAUUUUUGCAACAUCAGGCGAGUAAAUUUCACCUGGCAGCAGAUUCACUCCAGAUCUGAGUCCCACUCAGGUGCAGUGAGUGCUGGUUUUAAAAGCUGGAGCAGCUGGUUUACCACCAACGCAUCCGUUUCAUUCCGCCGCCUACCACCCAGUGACAGUGCGCUGCAGCCUGUCUGGGUCUUGAAUCUUGAUUGCUCAACUACGAGGCCCCUUUUACUGAAGUGUCAACAUCCUCAGGGGCCUCACAUAACGUUUUUUAAUGAGUGUGAUAAAAUAUCUUGAACUGUGUGAAGAAAAUCCAGUUGAAAUAAAAGAAAACUAAUCACUUGAUGCAUUUGCCACCCUGUGCUGUUUUUUUUUUUUUUUUUUCCCUCUAAACUUCCACACCUGCAUGGUAGACGUCCCUUUCUGCUUUGGUUAUGUGAUUCCUGAUGUUAAAGUACCUCUGUUGAUUUCCAUGGGUUUAAAGAUGAAUGACUGACCAUUAUGAGUUGCAUGAAACAAUGCGUCACACGGUUGCAGACCCGCACAGACACCAUGAGUCGUUUCACUGUUCCUCCCACCGACACUUCCUCUUUAAACAUUUCAACAUUCAAGUUUUACUCUUUCCACCCCAUGAAACAGCCUCCUCCCCCACUACUCCCAGUUCAUUGUCAGGAGUUUUGGUUGUUUUAAACUCUGGAGAAACCUGCUACUUCCAUGAAACCAAAGCAGGUCGUAAAUAGAGUUUAAAACAAGCACAGACCAUUUAUUUCCAAGAAAAUGUAAGAAAAUAUUCCCUCACCAGCUCCCUCCUUUGGCAACUUACUGUAACCCACUAAUAGAACAUAAAAGGUCAGAUUAAAAGUUAAACCCAACACUAUUGUAGUUCACUUCUUUAAAGAAAAUGGCUAUACACUGGGAGGACUUUGGCAAGAAGCAGUACCAACAUAACUGAAGGGUGAUUUUACAAAUUAAAAAAAAAAAGUUAAUCAUAAACAACUUGUGAUCCUUUCACAUAGGAGUGUAACUCUGAGGAGUCAUGUGUGCUUAAAAAUAUAUUAUCAGGUGUUCUGCGUUUUCCUUUGUGAAUGUUAAUUUUGCUCUCCUCAUGAUUACCUGUUUUACUUUGCUGUUUUCAAACCUGAUUUUUAAAACAAAAACAAAAAAACGGUGAAAAAGGAUGAAAGACAUCGUUUUGAUUGCUGUUGAUAAAUCAAUGAAUGUCUCUUUUAACUCCUCGAGUCCUUUGAUAUUUUCCCGUCACUUAAAUCUCUGAUGCAGCCCUGUGUUCUUUUUAUUUUCCUCCUCUUUGACACCUUCACGUUUUUUUUCCCCAUUAUUCCAAGAAUGUCCCUGUGUGUGACGGCGUCGCACUGUCUGGUGUGUUUUCUCCCAGGUUGUAUGUUGUCAUCGGUUAAACUUUUUACAUGUGUGGUUUUUUUUUCUUUAUUGGACUUAUGUUUGUUGUGUUUUGUCACUGUUGUCAUCUCAUCCUUUUUUGUGUCUGUUUAUAAUGAUGAGCAUUAAGUAAACAUGUUGAGGCGAGACUGAUGGUCUCUCCACUUAUUUUGUUUCCAAAACACCUGUAUGAGAAAUAAAUGACAAAAAAAACAUC